AUGUCGUCCGAUGCGCUCCUCGUCAAGAUUGCUGCACAGCUCGAUGCCCUCCAGAUCCAGCAGCAGACGAUGCAGGCCCAGCUGGACACGCUGACGUCACCGCCCCCGCCACGCUCGCCGCCAUCCACCACCAAGCCAAUACCGAUCCCUUCCUCCCGCCAGACCCCAGUGCCACCAGAACUGGGCACCUCCCCGCCUCUAGUAGGCACUCCCCCGCACCACACGCUCAGCGGCGUGACCACGAAGGAAAAGGAGCGCGAGCACGUGCUCUACCCCGGCCGCGUCGUGCUCUCCAGCUACCCCAACCAGCCCGCGAUCACGCCCCACGCCCUUCACUGGGGCGCACCGGACCCCGCGGCCCGCGGUCCCGUCGUCUGCUCCCGCCUCCCCGCCAGCAUAAAGGCGCGCAAUGCCAUCGGGGCACAUAGCGGGAGUUACUCGAUUUACCGCUCGCUGUCGAUUGCGCUGGGGAGUCUGUCGCCGACGCACAAGCCUGAUUUCACAAUGACUGAGCCACCAGUCGAUAUACCGCCCAACAAGGCGUGGGGCUCCGAGGGCGGGUGGACGAUCGGGAGCACGCCCCCGACCGGCGGGUUCGGCCCGAUCGUCAGCAUGGACCCGUGGGGCCAUCUGGUCCCGAGUGUCUUUGCAGACGCGUUGGCAAGCGGGCUCGAUGUCCGCCCCAGCAUCGCGGUCACGCGAGCACACAUCAAGAUGAGCGAGCUGGACGACGCGGUCCGGAGGGGCGAGCUGAAGGUCGACGGCAAGAUUGUGCUGGCGAGUGCCCCUGUGCCCGGGCUGGAGAAUCCAGGCGUGGAGGUCACGGUGAGCAAGGCGGCGGUCGAGCCGGUGUGGCAUUUGCCGGGGGUUGCAGAGCGGUUUGGGAUCUCGGAACUUUUGCUUCGCCGCGCGCUGUUUGAAGAGACGGGCGGGUCGUACCCCGAGCUGAUCACGCGUCCCGACAUCAAGGUGUUUUUGCCGCCGAUUGGGGGUCUGACGGUGUACAUUUUCGGGAACCCGGCGUUCAUGUCGGACGAGUCGAAAGAGCUCACUCUCCGUGUCCACGACGAGUGCAACGGGUCAGACGUGUUUGGGUCGGACAUCUGCACGUGCAAGCCGUACCUGACGUACGCGAUUGAGGAGUGCAUCCGGGGGGCGCAGCGCGGGGGGGUCGGGGUCGUUGUCUACUUCCGGAAAGAGGGCCGGGCGUUGGGCGAGGUGACGAAAUACCUGGUGUACAACCUCCGGAAGCGCGGGGGGGACUCGGCCGACAAGUACUUCAAGUCGACGGAGCUCAUCGCGGGCGUGAAGGACAUGCGCUUCCAGGCGCUGAUGCCCGACGUGCUGCACUGGCUCGGCAUCAAAAAGGUCGAUCACAUGGUCAGCAUGAGCAACAUGAAGUACGACGCCAUCGUCAAGAGCGGGAUCCCUAUUCUCCGCAGGUAUGACAUCCCCGAGCAUCUCAUCCCGCCAGACUCGCGUGUCGAGAUUGACGCCAAAAUCGCCUCGGGCUAUUUCUCCAGUGGCGCGCAGAUUACAGAGGCGGAUUUGGUCAAGACCGUCGGUAGGGCGUGGGAGGAAACGGAGCAUUAG